AUGUUUAGCACACUCAUUGGUACAUGCGCUGCAAGUUGUUGUAAAAAUGCUUGUAAUUUUUUUAAUUUACUUCAAAGUAUAUAUACUUUUUUUUCAACUUCUACUAGUCGAUGGGAAAUACUAUCAGCUUCAGUAAAAGAGUUAUCUACUACACGUUGGUCUGCACGAGAAGAUGCAUGUAGAAGCUUAAAUAAUAAUUGGGAUAGAGUAAUCAGUGCUCUUAAAGAAAUUAAAAAUAAUGAUAAACAAAAGGCACAAACGCGAUGUGAAGCGAAAGGUAUUUUGAAAAAUUUGGCUUGCUUUGAAAAUAAUUUAAUGUCAAUAUUUUGGGGAGAUCUUCUUGGACGUUUAAUGCUGUGA